GGAAGAGUCAAGGAAGACGUGAUAGGUUUUCCUGACGGCUCAGCAGGUUCACCAACAAACAGCCAUAAUUACCAGCCUAGCCUGCAGUUUAAACAGCUUUGCGGUUUGGAUAGACCGUCAGUUUGAAGAAUAAAAAUGACAGCCGCUCCGUACAACUACUCCUAUAUCUUCAAAUACAUCAUCAUCGGUGAUAUGGGAGUCGGGAAGUCGUGUCUGCUGCAUCAGUUCACAGAGAAGAAAUUCAUGGCGGACUGUCCUCACACCAUCGGGGUGGAGUUUGGGACAAGGAUCAUGGAAGUCCACGGCCAGAAGGUGAAGCUGCAGAUCUGGGACACGGCGGGUCAGGAGCGGUUCAGGGCCGUCACCAGGUCCUACUACAGAGGGGCCGCCGGGGCCCUCAUGGUCUACGACAUCACCAGGAGAAGUACCUACAAUCACCUGAGUAGCUGGUUGACAGAUGCCAGGAACCUGACCAACCCAAACACAGUGAUCAUUCUGAUUGGAAACAAGGCAGAUCUGGAGGCUCAGAGAGACGUCACGUAUGAGGAGGCCAAGCAGUUUGCAGAGGAGAACGGUUUGCUGUUCCUCGAAGCCAGCGCCAAGACAGGGGAAAAUGUGGAGGAAGCUUUCCUGGAAGCAGCAAAGAGAAUCUACCAGAACAUCCAGGAUGGCAGUCUGGACCUGAAUGCCGCAGAGUCGGGAGUCCAGCACAAACCGUCGGCACCGCAGGGGGGGCGCCUCAACACCGACAGCCAGCCGGCUAAAGAAGGCUGCAGCUGUUAACCUCAGACUGGAUCUGCAGACCAUCAACCAGGCCGACAGAUGGACAGAGACGGACGCUGAGACCACCUCCGACAGGCAGAGCUGGAUCGUACAGCCCAAACACCCGUUGUCAGAUCUGGAGCCAUCCAUUCAAUCAGGUCUUCACUAGCUUUGCUUCAAUCCUAAAACUGUCCCAACAUCUGAUCCUUACACCACUGGGGGUGGUUCCUGGAUCAGGAUCUUCAUCCAAACCAGUGUGAAUUCCAGCUUCCAGGUCUCUAGUUCUGUUGGCUAAACCCAGGCCCUGUUUUUCAAGAUGGAAGACCAUCAGCAUCCAGGUCUCAAAAUGCACCACUCAUAUUUGAUCCAGAUUCUGCAAAGCCUUAAUCAGGUCCUAACCCCUACCCACCUUCGGUCUAUGUCCAGACAAACUUGUCCCAAUCUGUGUCCAGUCUGAACCAAAAAAAGACAUCAGGUCGGGUCGACCCAGAAAUUCACCUCCCCAUGUACCUGAAAAUCCACCUGUCAGCUAUAAAAGUCAUCCCAGGAAACCCACUGAAAUGAAACUCGGUAGUAAAGGAACCCCAAAGUGGACCAGUCCAGAACCUGGACUGAAGCUGGACAGUUUGGUCUACAUCAAGUGGUCCAAAGAAGGUCCGAUAAAGAUUUUACAACCACCACCGUCCCAAAUGGGACAUUACCUGCUCUUAAAACCGGACCAUUGCAACACUGGACAUCCCUGAACAGUUUCAGUCCAGAUCCUGGACUUGGUUUAGUUCUGCUUUAGAUCCAGAUCGUUUUAACACUUUCAUACCUCAUUCAUGUCUUGUAUUCCAGUAAAAUCUCACAGUUUGUUAAGUCUAAAAUCUUCCUUCAAAUAUCCUGAACCCUGACCCGGCUCGGUCCGGAUCUCUGGGUAGACUUCCUUAAUGCGGCUCGGUCCGGAUCUCUGGGUAGACUUCCUUAACGUGGCUCGGCCCGGAUCUCUGGGUGGACUUCCCUGACCCGGUCCGGGUCUCUGGGUGGACUUCCUUAACGUGGCUCGGUCCGGAUCUCUGGGCGGACUUCCCUGACCCGGCUCGGUCCGGAUCUCUGGGUGGACUUCCUUAACGUGGCUCGGUCCGGAUCUCUGGGCGGACUUCCCUGAACCCGGCUCGGUCCGGAUCUCUGGGUGGACUUCCUUAACGUGGCUCGGUCCGGAUCUCUGGGCGGACUUCCCUGACCCGGCUCGGUCCGGAUCUCUGGGUGGACUUCCUUAACGUGGCUCGGUCCGGAUCUCUGGGCGGACUUCCCUGACCCGGCUCGGUCCGGAUCUCUGGGUGGACUUCCUUAACGUGGCUCGGUCCAGAUCUCUGGGCGGACUUCCUUAAUACGGCUCGGUCCGAUCUCUGAGUGGACUUUCUUAACGCGGUCCGGUUCUCUGGUGUCAUCCAGUAGAAACAGAUGGAGCUGCCUGUUGAUCGAUGGCUUUAUUUUUUGAGAUUUAUCGGUUUCUACUGACGGCGUCGAUGUGGAACGUUGGGUCUUAUCUUUACUCCAGUCCAGUGCCAUCAGGUCCACUUUUAACGGGGCUCUCUGGUGAUCACUUCACCCUUCGAACGUGGUGCUCUGUACGCUGAGACUGAAAGCAUCGUCUCUAGACUGGUUCCUUUCUGGUUUCCAUCACCAGAUGGAUGAAGCAGCUGUUGGGUGCCACAGCUCCACCUGCUGGCCAUGUUGGGCUCCUACGAGAAGCAUUCACAUUUCUCCUGUCUGUGGUGUGACGUCCGAUUUCCGCUUUAUUUCCUCCUGUUGUUCUGGUUUUAUCGAGCCGACUGAAGCUGAUCUGGAUCAAACCGUGUGCUGGAAGACUCGGCCGUCCACUUUUAUUCUGAUUGUGAAUUAAUGAAUGUAAUGAAAGAAACCCGGUGUGCCCGGUUCUCCUGGACCAACCCAUUCUGACAGAUAAUUAAACCCAGUUUAUCUUUCACACUUUUUAAAUGUUUUAAAAGUCCAGGAGUCACACAGCUGAUGAUCCCGUCGUUUUCUCAGAUUAUCGUCAGAUUUCCACAGAACGGAUCCACUUCGAACCGGCUGCGACGCCAGUCGAGUCCCAGAGGUGACGAGUCAGAGGUUUCUGGAGUUCAGCUCUUUUUCUUCGUUUCUUCUUGUUCGUCCAUGUUCUUCCAUGUCCUCAAGUUUUCCAGAUACAAACUAUUUUUGGAAAAGCUGAGAAUUUAUUGUUAAAAUGUUUAAAGUUUUAUCAGGAUGUCAAACUCAUAUUUCGACAUUUUGGAUUCCACACGGCUAGAUUUUAUCCUCCAAAGUAGGUCGCCAUCAAAGAGGAAUUCUUUUCUUUUUUUUUUCCAUUUGGGAAAAAAAUCUAGAAAUUUUGGGCUCGGUUUAGCUGGACUCAAGUCACAAGUUGGGAUUAACUCUUCUAUUUAUCUUCUUUUUUUAUCACAGAGAUAAACCAGACGUCCGGACAAACUGAGUCCAGUGUCAAUUAUUCUGAAACUUUUUCCCAAAGAUAAAAACAAACUUAAUAAAACCUCCUUGGAAAACUGUAAUGAAUCG